AUGGGCUCCACUAUUGAAGAAAUCAUGCGGAAACGGCAACGGGAAGCGCAGGAGGCUUACGAAGCCAUGUGGGCUAACGGUUCCGGUUCACACCACCCAGACUACGACCCCGAGGUGCCCCCCGGACCGGGCGUUGUCAAAGCCAGCCGUCCAACAGAAGAGCUCUACAACGCAAUUGUGAAAAAUGACGUACACCUCGUUUACGACAAAAUUGAGGAGGGAGCUGAUGUCAACUUUGUGUUUGGGCCCGCCUAUUCAUGUCCUGAGGGAUACACGCCGUUGAUGGUCGCGGCGCACCGAGGCCGACUGGAAUGCGCUCGGGCAUUACUGCGCGCUGGAGCCGACCCCAACUACAUUAACAACGGAGGCGACAGUGUGUUAUUCUGGGCUAUCGAUGGCGGUCCCGACAUGAUUCGCCUGCUGCUGGACUACGGAGCUGACCCCGACGUCGUCACACCCAGAGGUUGGACCGCCCUCAGCUACGCAGUCGCCAAGGGCAAGUACGGCGCCGUGGAGGACAAGGGUAUUUACCCUGAGGAUGUUCUGCUAUACUACGGCGCCAAGGUGUACGGCGAAGGGCCGCCCGCUCUGGGCACCCGCAGCCCGCGCAAUAGCUUCAAUCCGGAGGACCCGCGCUUCUGCCGCGAGCGGGGCAGCUAUCAGAGCCCCUUCCCGGCGCCUUGA